GUGCGUGUGUGUGUCUGCCGUGGUGGUGUUGGAAAUCGGACGACAUGAGCUCUACGUGAACCGCGCAAAAUUUCUCAAGGCGCUUUCGGCGUUUGUGUCUCAUCCUUCGGAACCCAGGAGGAGCCCGGGCGGAGCCGCGCUUGAGGACCAGGUGUAACACUAUCUGAAGCCUGAGAGGGCAGAAUGCCGGAGCAGAGCAACGACUACCGUGUGGUGGUGUUCGGGGCAGGAGGGGUGGGGAAGAGCUCCCUGGUUCUGCGUUUCGUGAAGGGCACGUUCCGGGACACCUACAUUCCCACAGUGGAGGACACCUACCGCCAGGUUAUCAGCUGUGACAAGAGCGUGUGCACGCUCCAGAUCACAGACACAACAGGCAGCCACCAGUUCCCGGCCAUGCAGCGUCUGUCUAUCUCCAAGGGCCACGCCUUCAUCCUGGUCUACUCCAUCACUAGCAAACAGUCCCUGGAGGAGCUCAAACCCAUUUACCAACAGGUCUUGGCCAUAAAAGGCAAUGUUGAGGCCAUCCCCAUCAUGCUUGUUGGAAACAAAAGCGAUGAGACCCAGCGCGAGGUGGAGACCAAGGACGGGGAGGCACAGGCCAGCCAGUGGAAGUGCGCUUUCAUGGAGACGUCAGCCAAGACCAACCACAAUGUCACUGAGCUCUUCCAGGAGCUCCUCAACCUGGACAAGAAGAGGAACAUGAGCCUCAACAUUGAUGGCAAGCGCUCUGGGAAGCAGUCCCGUGCAGAGAGACUGAAGGGCAAAUGCAGUGUGAUGUAAUCCCAAGAGAGGAGUAGAGGGGAGGGAAGAGAAAGGGGAAGAAAAACAGAUCAGGAAAAAGAAACGAGAGAGACAAGACUGAGGAGAGACUCGCUAAUCGUAUCACUCAGAGCAAAAACGUUUGGAAAUCUCAUCAUCCCCAUCAUCCUCCGUUUGGGUGGCUCAUUCACAAACAGUGUACACACAGGUUGGAGCAUACGGCCAUAUGCGUUUGGCCAAAAGAGGACUCGUCUGAGUGGGAUGGUGGUGAGAGAGUGGCGCAAUAUUCAUUUGUAUCAAGAAUUCAAAUGAAUAUGGGAAUGGCGAGGGUGUGGACGUGUGCAUCGUCCAAGUUGUACAAAACCUGUGCUUAGGCGACAGGCCACAGACUGAGACUGAAAGUCUCGGAUCAGCUCAAAAACAUUUGACACCUUCUCUCAAAGCCACGCCGGCCCUCCCUCCCUGCUGUGCUCACUCCUGAACUCCCCUUCAACAUCCCAACACCUCUCUGCAUACCCACUAUUAUAACUAUAGAGAAACGUAAGAGAAAUGUAGAUGUAACAAAGUUAACUAACUUAGUUAAGCCAACUCUGGUAAAAAAAAAAAAAUCAUUUUUACUGACUGAUGUGUCCAUCAUGCUCAUAGAUAUGAGACUCAAAUGUUUGAGACUGCUCGCAUGAAUACCACUCGGCAUAACAUCUGAUCCAGCCACGUCCCAGAGCCACAACAGAGGACUCUGAUGUAUAUAGACAUGGAGAAUUCAAAUUUAUGCCAUCUAGCCUACAUGCUCUAAAGCAACUACUAUAUAAGUUACAGAAGUAGACUGAAUUCUGAAGGAUCAAAGCUUAAAACUGUGGCUGGAGGACAAACUCAACCAUCACCUCAACCUCAUCAUCUCUCCAAAUUAAACGGCCCCUAUUUACAUUAAUCUCACUGAUAUGUGAAAACACACCAUUCAAACCCUCUAAAUGUCCUCAUCUGGCGUGUGGAGGCAUCCAGCUGCAGGGUAUGCACACUGAUAAAAUGCAACAAUCCUUUUAAGACUCUCAUCAAGUGUAAAAUAACUCUGAAUUGAAGGAGGGUAGACUCUCAUCGGUACAGAAAUACAAGCCUGCCUUGUCGACGACGAUGUUACACUUGGAUAAUCAUUGCCAAGCUGGUAAGACAAAAGGAACAGGGAACAUUAUUGGUUUUGAUGUUGAGAAUUUCAACUUGCUUUGGCACUUUGGAAGGUUUCUCCUUUUUACGCUUUUUUUUCUCCUUUGUUUGCUUUUUAUUGCUUUUGAAAGUAAUGUAAAGAAACAACAAAAAAAAGCUCCUUAAACAAAAAGCACAGGGGAAGGAGAAAAAAAUGGCGCUGCUGAAAGCAAAUUUGCUUCAUGCAGAUUGUCCAGUAAACUGCUAUUUGUUUUUUUCUCUUUGGUUGAUUUGGUUGCUUUACCUCUUGCACACUCAUCCGGGCAUCAGUGAUCAGGACACAGGAUGAUACACAUUCAUUGCUAAACACAGAGCAUGCACACCAUUGAAUUCAUGUAAGUGUCAAGAAAAAGGACGCGAUACAGGGAGCUCUGCUCACCAUUGUUGACUGACUACAUAAAGACAAACAAGGCUCUCUCAGCCUAAAUGCCCUCACAUUGCACUUUAUAUUAUAAUCACACACACACACUUUAGUUUAGUUUACUUUAGUGAACUAGACUAACUUUAGUUUUGGUAUGUUUUGUCUAUAUUAUGCAUAAGACAUCAUUCUGGAGCCUCUGAAGAGCUCAGUUUGUCCAAAGUGCAUCUGUACACAUUUUUCCACACAGGGGCUUUGGAUAUUAUACACAGGACAGCCAAAAGCACAAUACUUUUUACCUACAUAUCUGUCAGCAUGAUCUUUUUUUUUCUUCUGUUUUUGUAUAUGUUUAGUUUUUGAUGCAUUCUCCAUCUAUUCACAUGUCCUAAGGAUGGGGAAAUCAUUGUGUCCUAAUCAUGGGUCGCUGUUCUGUCUUGAUGUUUUACGUGACACAAAGCGGUUGUGGUUCGCUGAACAACAGGGUAUUGUUACGUGACCGGUUGGCUGUGUUUGCCAAAUUUGACGUAAUCCCAUUGGGAUCUUAGGUCAUAGGAUGCCGGAGGGAGGGGGGGGUUCAGAUUAUUUCUCCACUUUGCUCCAUUUCUUAGGCAGUUUAGACAACAAUUUUAUGUAGAAGGUAAUCUGCUUCUCUACUGUUAAACCCAAAGACACAGAUGACAGCCCCUUUCAACUCUGUGUUUAUCUCUCUGAAUAAAAAAGGGAAAAGCGCAGCAGCUGUUGUCAUCUGUCCCACUAUCUGUCUUUAUGUGUGCAGAAGUAUCCACAACUGAGCUAUUUAGGGUGACAUUUUACUUGAAGACUUACCAAUUCAUCAAUGCCUCAUUUAUUAGCAUUAUGUAAAUUCUCCCAGCUGCAUCAUUCAGAGCCUCAUUAAACUCUUCCAGAUGUGUAGUUACUAAAAGUAAGCAGCUGGUAUCUCAAUUAAAUGACUUUUGAGAACUUCAAUUAAGAUGUUGCCAAUGUAAAGAAUUACUGUACCCACUGUCUUAGUAGGAAGAAGCCCUUUGUAACCAGGAGAUGUUGUUACAGCUGAAGGUCCAGCGUCACCAUGUACUGUAAAACAGCUCAAUUCAGAUGCUCAUGAUAUGUCGUAUCUGACUCAUCCACUUUCAUGAUCUGUCAACAAUACGAUACUGGCAGAAUGUGAAUAUGUAACUAAAAGUUCCACUCCAUGGCUGUUACUUUUUAUGUUUCUGAAUUAAUCUGUUGUUAUUGCUGUGUUGUGUUUUGCACUCACGUGAGGUCCUGUUAAACUCCAAAAUUUACGUAGAAAGACAUACCCUUUACCUGUUAGAUACCAGGGACGCUCUCUCUCACACUCUGUGAUGCUCUUUUUUAGUGGAAAAAGAUAUGAUUUGAGUUGUGUUUCACACUGUUUGCUUUGGUUUGUUUUUAUCUAUUAUGAUACCGGACACAAGGAUACAACCUAUAGCAUGUGAUGUGGCCAUGUGACGCAUUCAAUCUUAAAAAAAAGAAAAAACAACAAGAUCAAAAAAGAAAACAAAAAACAAUUUAACAAUCUAAUUUGAUGUUCCGCUGGCAAUGGUGCACACUGCAUAAAUAUCAGCUUGACGCGUCUGGCUGCUUCACGCAACUCCCAGAUUGCGUGCGCAUGUUUGUGCAAUCUGUUGUUCUGCUGACGUUAACAGGAGAGUGUCUUUGUUCAUGUCCCUGGGUGGAAUAUGAUACAGCAGAUAGGAAAAACAAUGAGGCAGCGUGCGAGAGCGGUAUGGACGACGGAGUGAGGGAGGGAGCAGGGCUAUUAAUAGAUGUAGUGUGAAAAUAUGAAGCUCACCUGCACCAGCUGUGGCCUACAAGACUUUGUUGAGCCUUUUGAGAAAGGACGGCCCACAUAUGGCUAGUCUGAGCGUUUGUUGAGUUUAUAGACUGUAUGAGUUAAAUGUUGGCAUAAAUCAGGUCGGACACCUCUGCCCCCACCCUCCUAUGACUUGUCUUAUUGCAUUUGCCAGUGAAACAUAUUCACUGCUGUAUACGCGUGCAUGUGUCUGUUGGAACAUCUAUGCGUGUGUGCAUUCAUUCCCCUUUCUGCAUUCUUUCAAACGCAUGGUGUGUGGUAACAUGCUUGUGCGCUGGUCCUUUAGCAUCUGAUGAAGUGCGUGCCAGAAAUUUGAGUCUUUCUUGGUGAGAUUGCCGACGUGCUCUGCAUGAGUCAUCCUACGCAACACACCGCCCGUCCAAACACACUGACAGUCAUGUGCGAUGUGUACGGUCCUGGUCUGAAUCUUAGGCACCUUGAAAACGUAAGCAGGUAUCACGGACAUAUUCCAAAUGACUUGAUAAAACAAAAAGUGUACACAUAAACAAGGCUAAAACACACAUUUAAAAUGCACUUCACGGCAAAAUUAUUUGUGCCCGCAGGAUGAUUUUCGAUUCUUCCUGCUCUCCAAGAAAGUUCUCACAAAAAAGCACCGGUACCCUCCAAGAUAAAGUAAAUUAAAUCGAAAAGUAAAAACCAUCUUGGAAGUCUCAUUAUUCUGUGGGAUGAAUUUGCCACAUAUGGUCCAGGAGGAGCUUCAUGUGUCCAAAGGAGAACAUAUUUCCAAUUGUGAUCAAAAGUAGACUGCAGCACUGAACACAACCAAUGACUCAAACUAAAGUGAACCCACUUAAGGGGAAAAAUGGUGGAUUGUUUCAUGGUAAGCCAUGAACCCUGAUUAUUCAAAAAGUCUGAUUAAAGACCAUCAGAGUAAGCUGAAAUCUGCUAAUGCAAAUUAGGCACUUAUUGAGCUCAUGGCAACACAAGAGGGUAAACUAUCAAUAAAUAGGCUUGAAGAAGGUUGAACUACCAUUGAAGGGUAUCAUUGGUGCCAAAAACUACAACCAUAUUUAAGUGAAUAUGGCUUAGAUCUUUGUGGUUAUAUUUCCAUGUUUAUAUUAAUUAUUCAACUUUGUGAAAGCAUUUCCUGUUUUUGCUGUUGCUGUUAGGUAGCUUUGAAUAUAAAAACAAAGCAUUCUGAUGAUACAAAAAAACGUUUAUUUACAUUAGUUUCUCAAUUAGAUUGUAAGGUCUAUGCUUACAGAUUAUCAUUCUAAUCGGGACUGUAAAACAUUUAGGAGGGUAUAUAACAGAGACAGAAUGCCCUCACCAGUGCAUGCUUACAUGUAUUUAUUAAUAAGAGAGUCCUGUCAGGGAGACCUUAUUCUCUCACCAGUUGCUUUUCCGCACUGUUUUGUUGUACAGUCACCUUUGUCACCAUUAGCUUUCCAUAAAAACCCUGCUGUCUGUAUAACCCCUGAAGUCUUGAGUUCCUUUUAUCCGACUGAUUUUGGAGUGUGAUUGUUUGCAGAUAGACAGAAAAGGGACCCUGCUCACAUCUGAUUGUAGAUAACUGUAAAUACUGUUCAAAGGAUUUAAUAUUUUAAAGAUGUGAGAGGAGCGUGAGCAGAAUGAAGGAUUCUGUGGUGGGAAAACAGAGCCGCUUGCGGAUUUCUGCCAAUAAGAUGGUGGCAAAAGUAAAAUCAAGUCAAAAUUCAAUGCUUUACUUGAAAACCUAAAAUGUUCAAUAUUGGAUGAGUAUACAACUUUUUUUUAAACAUAAAUAGUUAUUUUGCCUCAGGCAGACAAAAUCUGGGAAAUAAUCUAUUUCAAUUCUGAAGAAGAGUUUGUUUAACUUUAAGAAAAUCAUUUUGAAAUUCCAUUCUGCUUCGUUGUGCCAACAGAGUUUAUCAUAUGUGAGAUUUAUCAAAAUACCACAUUUUACCUCAUUAUUUCCUCAUCAAUAAAGAAUCGCUUAAAUAAACUGAGUUGAGUUUUAGAUAUUUUUCACUGUCUUAUAAUUAUAUGUUUCAAUUUCAUUUCGUAUGUGUUAUUGUCAUUUUUAUGUUGAUUCAAUAAUAUUAGAUUUACUCACAGUUUGGGCCUCCAUAGACAUUCUCAAAGGCAGCACAGUUUAUCAUGGAGGACCAGUUGCAGAUUUGUAAUUGUCAGCCAACACUCGAUACAGAGGGGAAGCAGGUUAUGUGUGUUUUUCGAGCAUGAUGGAAAACUUAAAAGCAUGUAAAAACAAAAGAAAGAGCAGUCUAUAGAGCAGCCAGGCAUAAAAGGGUAUCAUUUUCACGGUAUACCUCGCUGAUUUCACCAAGCGAGGAGCAGGUCUUUCCUUUUUAUUCUGUCACGCUACUUGUUAAAGUAUUUGAGGAAAGUGCCAGAUUUAAAAAAAAAUCCUCCCCUGACCCUGCUGCCCUCUGGCUCUCCCCUCACAGUGAUCACCUCAUAUCCUCAAAGGCAGUUUUUCACCAGACAGGAGGAGUAAAGUGAUGGCAUUUCGCCUUUGUUGGUAAUAUAGUUUAUACCAUCCUGCUGCCAUAGGCCCUUCAUUCCUGCAUGGUCCCUAUUGGUGUUACAGCCAGCAUGAGAACAAGGACACAAACUGUGAAUCAUCUUUGUAUUUUUGGAAGCACCUUUUUGGCCGUAUUUACUGCUUUGGUUCUGCAAAUGGUUUAUUUCUCUUCAGCACUAUUGUUUUUUUUUAAUAAAGGAAUCUAUUGGUUUGUUAUUUUUUUCUCUGUUAGGACUUUUUCUGUUUGAGUAAUUCUAAUGUAUAGAUAUUUAUUCUAGCAAUAGUCUUCCUAUUAAGAUAUACUGUGCUGAUGCAUCCUCUGAAUAAUGGAAACUAUCAUAUAUAUAUAUAUAUAUAUAUAUAUAUAUAUAUAUAUAUAUAUAUUCAUAUAUGUAUAGCCAUACAUACAUAAUCAAAACU